CCAUGUUCGCCAACAUUCGCAAUGUCUUCCGGGAUGCGUUCAACUUUUCAACCUGGGUCAAGGGAGAUGUUCGUGAAAUCGCCAUCCGCAAGCUAGACAGAAUGAAGUCGCGCGUGGGAAGUCCAGGACUGCACCUUGACGCCGCCUUCGUGGAAGAACUUUAUAGACCGUUCCCCGACGUACCCUUAGAUGGUCUUUUCCCCACAUGGAUCAAGGCUGUCUCGCUUUCGUCCCAUUAUCUUUGGACCGAUCAGACAACGUGGCUGUACGACGAGGCGGCUGUGAACGCCUUUUACCGUCUUACCCAGAACACUAUUGUCAUACCGACAGCCAUCAUUCAGCGUCCUUUGUAUUACUACGAGGGUCCACUGGCUCUCAGCUACGGUGGCCUCGGAAUGAUAAUGGGCCACGAGAUGAUGCACGCAUAUGACGUGAGAGGAACCGAGUUUGACCACAAUGGCUUCAAUCGACCCUGGGUGACGCCCAAGUUCAAGAAGAAAUACGCCCGAAGGGCACGGUGCAUACGGAAAUCGCAUCAAGCUGCUGUAAGGCGGAGGCCCCGGCAACAUGUGGUGAAUGACACGCUCGACUCCGAGAACCUUGCUGACUUUGUGGGCGUGAGGAUUGCAUACGACGCCUUCACUUCGUUGUCCCACGAGGAGCGGAUGCUCAGAUUGGCCGGCCUCAACAUAUCGGCGGAGAGGCUCUUUUUCAUCAGCCACUGUGUCAAGUCGUGCGCUCAGUACAGCCGAAUAACGAGCCGCUAUGCACCAUACCGCUCCCGGUGUAUAGUGCCAUUGAUGAAUAUGCCCGAGUUCUCGAAUGCGUUCGGCUGCGUGGCAGGGCAGCCCAUGAACCCGAAAAAGAAGUGCAAUUUCUGGUCAUAAAAUGCUUUCCA